GACCUGGUGGGAUACCUGAUCCAUGGGCCUCAAUAUGGGAGGGCCUUUAUGGAAAGUUCGGAUCGAGGGCAAAGGCUGGAGCCACCCGAGCGGAAACUCCACAGCAACGUCCUCGGCUGGAUGAAGCUCAGCCUAUGCAAUCUCCACCGCAGAACGAGCCUGGAGUGCCUUCUCAGUCAGCCACUCCUCCACAAGGGAUAUUGGAGGCCCUUGCGCAAGGAAUGCAGCAGCUCCAAGAUCUGCAGCUAAAGGCGAUGAAGAAGAGCGAUUCUGCAGAUGAGGCACCUGAGGUGGUAAAGACGGCGACGGUUUCUCUUCCUGAACUAAAGCCUCCCGUGGGUGAGAUGAGUGGUUUGUUGCUGCAAGACUGGUUGGUACAAGUGACCACGGCGAUGCAGGACUUAUCCUCGGGAUCCGGAGAUUGGUGGGAGCAAGUCAGGGAAAGAGUUGGCGAAACGUAUGCUACAUGGUUGGCAGCUACGCCUUUGGAGCGGCUUCAGAUCAAUCCGGAUGAGCACUCGCGCUUGGUCACUGGAAAAUGGACACGGGUGAAUGCGAGGGCCUGUGCGUUGAUGAUGCAGUCGUUUCCUGAGGUUGUAAAGUCAGACUUGAUUUCCAGGCGAUCUACGCAAUCUGCUGUAAUGGUAAUGUUCAGGCUUUACACGACGUACCAGCCUGGCGGUGCAGCAGAGAGAGGUGUUGUUCUGAAGCAUCUACAAGGUGAAGAAGCUCCGGGUGAUGUUACGGCCUGUUUGAAUAUGCUGCGCAGUUGGCCAAGAUGGCUGCAGAGAUGUAGGGACAUGAAUAUGACGGUUCCUGACGGCACUCUGUUGGCCCGAAGCUUAACCACAGCUGCAGGCAAGUUCUUAGCAGAGAACCCGGACGCAGUGUUCAGAACACAGCUGGUUCGCUCCACCUAUAGAAUAGAUGCCCAGCCCAAGAUCGAGGAUGUGGUCCGCUACCAACAGCACCUGCAAGCAGAGAUUGAAAACAUCGUGAUCUCCAAGGCUACGGCAGGUGGAUGUCGAAGAGGAAGCAAGUGCCCCUUUCAGCACAGCUUUGAGGGCUUAAGCAAGCAAGAGAAGGCCAAGAAGUGCCUCGCAUGCGGUGCUGAGGAUCAUCGACAGCGUGAGUGCCCCACAAAACAAGGCAGAUCGGCAGCGUCAGCUGGAAGCAGCACUCGUGGAGCCGAGGAUCGCUCACCGCAGUCCAGUACGGCGUCCCCUAAGGCAGCAGCGAUCAACAAGGCACAGCUUGAGCCUGAGGGUGAGAAGUCGCCCACCAAGACCAAUGAAGCGGAUGUGCUACCAGGUCACCCAGUUUUGUCAUGGGAGGCAUUGUUGCAAGCAGCGGCUAAGGUUGCUGGAGCUGGACCGCCCUCAGAAGCUAAGGCUCCGUCGAUCAGGGUGAUGAGCAUCCAUGGAGGAACGCCAGCCAGCUUCGAAGAGAGCGCUUAUGCCCUAGUGGACUCAGGAGCAACUCACCCUUUACGACGGGCGAAGUCCAGUGAUGAGUGGCGAGACUCAAGCCCGGUGUUGGUCCAUUUGGCGGGAGGAGAAUCUGUUGAGUUGAGAAUGAAUUCGGCAGGCACACUCCUGGUACCCUUGACAGGCUCCACACGCAGCGCUUCGACAUCUCCUAUAGUUCCGUUGGGAUCGUUGGUGGGGGUUUUGGGGUACAAGCUUGAGUGGUACGGGUCCCGCUGUAGACUUACCAGUCGAGAUGGUGAAGUGUUGACCCUUCGAGUUCGAGAUGGUUGCCCUGAAAUCACUGAGCGCCAGGCGUUGGAGCUGAUAGCCCGCAUCGAGGACCGGAAGUUGGAGACCUUGCAGACAGCGACAGCCUCAACCAAGGCAAAAAUCAGGGAGUCGAUGAUGGUUCUGAACAAGUCAUGGUUCGACCACCUGAUUUCGUACUGCAACUCAGGAAUAGGCUCGGAGGCGCUGCUGGCAAUUCACGGAGCUCCAUUCUUUCAAGAUUUACCGGAGCAGUCUUUGUUCGGCCUGUCUGAGGCGGAUCCAAUUUCCAAUGGCUGGGAUGCUCUUCGAGGUUUGCAGCACUUGAGUCGAAGGAGGAGAAAGAAGUUGUGGUCAUCCCGGCAUUGGGUGGUACACUUAUACUCGGGCAGGACACCGAAUGAGGAGGUGAUGUUUUUGGAGCGACAGGGCUUUGCGGUUCUGGAGUUGGACAUUGAGCAGGGUAAAUCCCAUGAUGUGUGCAAUCCCCUAGUAUGGAGAGCUUUAGAGUGGGCUGCCAGGCGCUGUCAAGGCACACCACAAUUGGAACCAACUUGCCGCUACGUCACCUUCACGGUCUUCGUGGUCGCAUCCAGCCCGAUGCUCAACCUGCAGUCAGGAUGUUGCGAAUGUCAGCAGAGCAGUGGAAAGAACACGUUAGGUCCUCUGAAGGUUCCCGGGUUGGAUGCUGAUGGACGAGGAGCAUUUCCCAAGCCGUAUAAGUACAUGUUCGUGGCCAAGCUGGUGAUUCCCAAGACCUUCGUCGAUGAUGGUAGAGGAGUGGGAGUUGAGUAUGAUCCCGGAGAAUUAGAGGCACUCUCUCCGCCUGCUGAAGACGCCUUUGACUACGAAGAUCCUGUUCCGGAGGGUGAAGAAUCAGCUCAUCCACCUUUGCCUCGAGAUGACGAAGAGAUUCCCGAUGGAGAUGAGGAAGAAUCUGAUGAUCGUACUAAGAAGCACUUGAGUCCGGAGGAGGAUUUGGAUAUGUCUGGACCAGAGACGGUCAGUCUUCUUUUCUCGACUGGGUUGCCAGAUAACAAAGGAUCAACAGUGUUGGAAGCAAUCCAGGAUGUGGUGAUGUAUUGUUGGGCCCUCAACAUUCCGAUUGUAAGGUUCCACUGUGAUCGAGGAAUGGAGUUCUACGCCAAAGCUACUCGUCAGUGGAUCAAGUUUCACGGGAUGAGGUUCACUACUAGUGAAGGAGGGCUACAUCAACAAAAUGGAAUGGUUGAGAAUGCAGUGAGGUACAUCAAGCAGCGUGCCAGAACGUUGUUGAUCGGCUCCAAGCUUCCCCAGCGCCUGUGGCCUCAGGCGGUGAAUAUGGCGGCAACGAUUCAGCGAGCCUCGGCCUUGGGAAUGGAAGCACGUUUAGUGGCCCCAUUUGGAGCAAAGGUCUUGGUUCGGAAACGGGAGUAUGGAGGAGUCGCAGAGUCAGGGAAGCCUGAUGACCUUGCUCCAAGAUGGUUGGAAGGGAGGUAUUUGGGUCUAUCAGAAACACUACGUCGAGGGCAUGUUAUCUAUGUGGCCAACGAGGAUGGGGAGAAGUUUGUUCACACAGUCAAUGUGAGAGUGGGACUUGAGGACCCUGUGCUACCAGAACCUGGCCUAGAGGCUGAGCUACCGAGACCUCCUAGUCGGCGUCUACGUGACAAGAGUCGGGGAUCUGGGGAUGUGGUGGCAGUUUCAAAGGCACAAGUGGUGACUGGGAGUGAGGACUUGAAGGAGAAGACGCUGGAGACACUGAGUCAGUGGUCUCCGGAGGAGGCAGCUGUUUUGGCACUACAAGUUGCCUUGAGUCUGAAUCCAGCGGAACGUAUUUAUGGAGUAUUUAGACAUGGAGGGAGAGUCGGUUUGACCAAGGCCACCUAUGACAAACCUUGGGUUGCAGAGCUCUUCGCGCGUAUCUUCCUAGAUCGAUGUCCGGAGGCUGAGUUUUCUGCUGUGUAUGUCUCGGUGAACACUUCCAAGGAACUUCAUGUUGAUAGCAACAAUUUGACUGGGAUGCCGAACUAUGUCUGUCCUCUGGCUCUUCCAAGAAGCGGCGGUGACCUUUGGAUUGAGUUGAAGGGUGGAGAUGUGGUCCAAGGAAAGAUCACGGAGAUGAUUGAUCAAAGGGGCAUUCCGCGUUAUGGAUGUAUACAGCCGCUAUCGGUCGGGGAGGUGGUUGUGUUCAACCCACACAAGCGUCAUGCAGUACUUCCUUGGAAGGGCUUGCGUGUGGUUUUGGUCGGAUAUACACCGGGUGUUCCACAGAACUUAAAGACUCCAGAGCGUGAGAUCCUCAGCAGGCUUGGUUUCCCAGUGCCAUCAGGCCCGGAGGAGGACGGCAUGGCUCCGAUGCUCCGAGCUCUCAGGGUUCAGAGCCUGGGGUCGAGUGAGAAAGUUCUGGAGGAAGAGGAGCACCUGGACGGCGAGUUGGUCUCUUCAGAUGGUUCGAUGUUGUACCCGGCCGUAUGCCCUGACUACACACAAGACCUUCGUAUAUCUGAUGGAUCAAGGGUAGCUAUGGAAGAGGUUGAGUACUGGGACAUGUAUCUACCUCUUGAAGAAGGUGACCCUCAAGAUGUUCCCAAAGCUUUGAUAGCUUCGUGUGACAGGAAUGCUACAGUCGCCAAGGCGGAGGUGGGUUUCACGAAGAACAUCGAGGAGCUGCUGGGAUCAUUGACUGGUCCUUUAACGGUCGCCCACAAUGUUGAUCCAGGUGAAGCUACUGGAUCCUUCGACAACUGGGUGCCUGCAGUAAAAAAGGAGCUAGGAUCCUUUGAGGGAGCGUCUCGAAGAGUUCGUAGUGAUGAUCCUCAGGUCGUGGCAGAUCUCAAGGAUGGUGUCGCAAAGAUUGUCCCGAUGAAGGUGGUCUAUACAGUGAAGCCCCCGUCAGAGGAGGCAGUCAGCAAUGGACAAUGGUAUAGGAGGAAAGCCAGGAUUGUGGCAUGUGGGAACAUGAUGGCCGAAUCUGGAGAAGACACUUAUGCUGCAGCAGCUCCAGCGGAAGUGGUGAGGUCUUCGCUUUCGGUGUCAAGUUUAUUCGACUGGGAGGCAGCAGUGUUGGAUGUGACUGCAGCUUUUCUACAGACUCCAUUGAAUGAAGUUCAGUGCAAGCAGAGAAUCCUGGGACAACCUCCACGAGCCUUAGUCCGAGCAGGCCUAUGCCAUCCUCGAGAAUUAUGGGAAUUCACGCAUGCCAUUUAUGGUUUGCGUGAGUCACCACGAUGGUGGGGUGAGUUCAGGGACACCAAGAUGGCUCAGCUCAACAUUGUCGUGGGAACUCGAAGGAUAAAACUGCUCCAGUGCCGGGUCGAAAGCAGCUGGUGGAGGUUGGUUGAGGACGAUAAGGCAUUGGUGGGACUGGUGGUGAUUUAUGUUGAUGACCUACUGAUUUGUUCUACCCCCACAAUCAUCAAUGCGGUGUCAAAAGCAGUAAAGUCCUUGUGGGAGACGAGCUCUUUGUCCUGGGCAUCUGAUGGGGGAAUCAGAUUCUUGGGGAUAGAGAUCACGAAGAUACAGGGUGGCUUUGCAUUGAAUCAAGAGCCGUACAUCAAGGAGUUGACGAGGAUCCACUCUAUUGCGCCAACACAAUUGAACCUAGUACCGGUUGGCAAAGAGCAGUCGAGUUUUACGGCGGAUUCCGAAGAGGCAGUGUUCACGACUGCCGAGCUUCGAGAGGCUCAGCAGGUGGCGGGCGAGAUCCUGUGGGUGUCGCAGAGGACGCGACCUGAUAUCGCAUACGUCGCGAGCCUCAUAAGCUCUCUUUCCGCCCGCGCUCCUCGGCGUGCUGUGGCAAUCGCCAAAAAAUGUAUGGCCUUCUUGCAGCGCACUGCACAGCAACAGUUGAGAAUCAAGGCCAAGGCUACUCAGCUGAUUGCAUGGGCAGACGCCUCAUAUGCGCCGGACGGAGGCCGCUCCCAUACGGGGUGGCUGAUCACGUUGGGCGAAGCGCCAAUCAAUUGGCGUUCUGCCCGCCAAAGUACAAUAACGUUGUCAACGGCGGAGAGCGAGCUUGGAGCCAGCGUGGAAGGGGCUCUCGCUCUCAUGAGCGUAGAAGCACUUUUGUCUGAAUUACGUCUGGACUUGGAGCGAUCGAGGAUCCUGGCGAACACGCCACCUACGGAUCAAGGCUGGGUGGAUCUGCGAAAAGCUCGAG